AUCACACUGAACUCACAUCAUCGUGUCAACCAGCCAUGGGGAAGAUCACCUUCUACGAGGACCGGGGCUUCCAGGGCCGCUGCUACGAGUGCAGCAGCGACUGCCCCAACCUGCAGCCCUACUUCAGCCGCUGCAACUCCAUCCGGGUGGACAGCGGCUGCUGGAUGCUCUAUGAGCGCCCCAACUACCAGGGCCACCAGUACUUCCUGCGGCGCGGCGACUACCCUGACUACCAGCAGUGGAUGGGCUUCAACGACUCCAUCCGCUCCUGCUGUCUCAUCCCCCAAACAAGCUCCCACAGGCUGCGGCUGUAUGAGAGAGAGGAUCACAAAGGCCUCAUGGUGGAGCUGAGCGAGGACUGCUCCUGUAUCCAGGACCGCUUCCACCUGAAUGAGGUCCGCUCCCUCCAUGUGCUGGAGGGCUGCUGGGUCCUCUAUGAGAUGCCGAACUACUGCGGCCGGCAGUACCUACUGCGACCCCAAGAGUACAGGCGCUACCACGACUGGGGGGCCAUGGAUGCUAAGGCCGGCUCUUUGCGGAGGGUGGUGGAUUUAUACUAAAAUAGUUUCACACUACCAUUUUCUCAUUUGGAACCUAAUAAAGUAUUUAGUCUGUAUUGUUGGCAA